UUUGUAACAGUAUCCUGCCCCCAUUUAAUAAAACCAGCUAUACCACUGUACAAAAUUCUCAGCUUCCUAGUCCAAGUUUUGCAUCCAUUUACAAUUUUAUGGUUACUAGAGCCCGUGCAUUAUGUGCCGACAGAGGUGUCCAAAACUUCAAAGGAAUGGACAGAGCUGUCCGACACUUUGAAGCUGGAGAUGUGCAGGAUAUACAAAUCUCACAGAUAAAUGGUGAAAUUGUGUACAUAAAGGCUUCAUGUCUUGCAUCGAUGAAGAAGGACAAAUACACUGUGUACUUGUGCCUAACUGUAAACAGCAAAGAAACUUCUGUGCAAUAUGCUUAUUGUCAGUGUCCCAUAGGGUUAGCUCAGUCUUGCAGCCACAUUGGAGGAUUGUUGUUUGCAUUAAAUGGCAAGCAUCGCUUAAAGUGUCCUUGUGGUGACGAGAGCUGUACUUCACAACUAUGCCAAUAGGUUGUUCCCAGAAACCCUAAACAAAGUCUCAAGCUUAUAAGUGAACUGUCCUUUGCCAAACCUCAGCUGGAAUCCGAACCGGAAAGAGUAACCUCAAUCGACUUUGAUCCACGGCAUCCGCAAGACAGAUGCCUGGAUAUGAAAUAUACUCUGAACCAACUUAAAGAGCUCAAAAAAGUCUUUCCCAACACUGGAUUAACACACCUCUGGAAUAUACCAGAUGAUGUCCCAGAUGUAGCUGAGGAAGUUACAAUAAGUACUGAAGUUGAUCCUCGUACACUAGAAAUGGAAAAACUAGUGUUCAAACAAGGAAAUGUACCUCCCCUCACCAUAGAAAAUGACUUGGUGCAGUUCAUAGAGUUCUCAACUAGAGGUCAAAGACUUUGUUCAAUGUGGAUUGACUUACACAGAGGCAGAAUAACAAGCUCCAUCUUUGGACAAGUUCUUAGGGCUGGAAGUAGUCCAAAUAGUUUGAUAAAUAAUAUCAUUGAAGGAUCAAGUCUCCACAAAUACAGUUCAUUACCCCCUGCUGUGAAGUGGGGCCAGGAGCAUGAAAAUGAAGCAAAACAACAAUACAUUGCACUAAAAUCAGUGUUUGGAGAUGUAGUUGUGGAGGAAACAGGUCUGACCUUGUGUGCCUCUCAUUCUUUUCUUGGGGCAUCAAGUGAUGGAAAAGUCCGUGAUGCAGGAGAUGAAGGUGUGCUUGAAAUUAAAUGUCCAUUCUCCCUAAAAGGAAAGGCAGUGAAUAAGAUGGAAAUUCAGGAAAUUGUCACUCUCUCGGAUCCUACGUUUUGCCUUGUGCAGGGAAACGAUGGGCCAAAGCUAAGACAUGACCAUGACUAUUACGCUCAAGUGCAAGGGGAGAUGGCACUUAUGGGUCUCCCUUGGUGUGACUUCGUUGUUUGGACUAAUGCAAAAUGUGGAAAUAUUUUCAUUGAAAGAAUUCUCUUUGAUGCAGACUAUGUAACUCGCAUGAUGCCAAAGCUUAUUGCUUUCUAUGUAGAAAAUGUCAUUCCAAAACUAGCUUUAUGAAUUUAUAA